AAGCUUUUGCUGGAAAGCUUUUCUACGCACCACCAGGCGUCUCCAUUGAACUCAAGCUAAUCCGUUCCGAAAGCUUUCGCUUUUUAAAUAAAAAAGCACCACCAACGGGGGAAACCACUAGCUGUUUCACUCUCUCAACCAGCAUCAGCAUCGCAUCUCACACUGCACACGCACCGAUAGAAUGUUCUGCGCUCCGGUAAAGCGCAAAACCGGCGGCAGUCCAACACGGCAAACCACGGCGCGGUCGUCGCAGUUCAGUUGAUGAUCUUCCUUUCACCCGUACGGCACUAGAGAGUGUUUUGACAUCUAUCCAUUUACACCGUAUUAACACCGCACACUACGCCAGGCUGAAGGAACAGCCAGCCUCCCUGUCUCAUCCAUUGUUUCUCACCCGUCUCUCCUUCAGCGCUUAGCCCAUUCAAUCACUGCCACGCAGCAACGAUUGUUGUGUUUCCGAUUGCGCUCACGUGUAAUUGUGUUUCUGUGUGUUUGUGUAUUUGUUUUGUCUCCGGUACGACAUCAACGAGAGUUCCACUACAUAGCUACGAGUGGCGUAUUUGUGGGAGUUUGUUUUAUCGUUUCUGAGGGGGGAAUGUAACAUCAAAUGCGGUGAAGAAUUGCGUAUUGGAUGCAACAUAUCUACUACAAACAAGAUUAGAACGGUAGAUGAGGCGCAAAACCGAAACAAAAUAAAACCAUAGUGGAAGGUCAGUGAAUAUGGCAAAGAAAUAGAAAGUGAAGCUCAUGAAUAAAUCGUAGCCUACUGCUCUACUACAACCGACAAAACAGCCGGGAGAGCAACAGCAGACGAGUGUAGCAAAACAGCAAAAACCAACCUCACAUAACCUUUAAUCCUCAGCAAGCGCGACGAACGUGCUCGGAGCAGCAGGCGCACGGUAGAAACAUCAAUUUAUCAACCGAACCCAGUUCGCUUCGUUUACUACGACCGUUCUGCCUGUCAUCGUUAUCAACAAGUUGGAAAGUUGUGUGUGUUUUUUUGCGGGUGGUUCAUCAGUUUACGUUAGAUACUCCUUUCGUCCUGGUGCUGGGGUUACGGUAUGUUAUUGUCGGCUUCUCGCCACAGCUUUCGAUGUGUCUAUUAGUUUGAAUGAUAAACAUCAACACUGGAUUACUGGCCACAAAAAAGUAUGUUGGUGAUAAUUGUGUGAACAUCGUGAGAACAUCGCCACACUUCAACGUAUCUCACAAGUGUUGGAAUUGAUUUUACCACGCUCGGAUUAAACGUGGAAGCGUGAGAUUGGAUAACAUCUUCACAAGCGUGGCUGCCACCAACUGAUUGCCGGCCAAAAGUGUUUCUCGGUGAGUGAAUUUUCGGUCGUCCCAACCGAACCCGGCAUCGAGUAUACUUCCAGCAUUCUUGCCACCCUAGCUAGCGGGCAGCAUCAGCCGCAAAGUGGUAGCAAUUGGACGACAAUUGCAAUUCUGUUUUGACGGCAGGUUGAGACAGUAAAAGCCGAGAUUUGAGUUGUGUGAAGAAAAAGCAAACGACCGAGAGUGCCAUCGACUAUUGGUGCUUGUGAACAGAAUGGUAUCAAUCGGAAAGAAAGUAAAUCGAAGGAGUAAAAUGAAUAAGGUGUGGGUUGCUUUCGCCGUGUUCGGUGCAAUAUCCAUCCUGCCGGCUGCGUCGGGCCGCAUCGUUAAGCGCAGCUACUCCGAUCAAAGUGUGCGAGGCUAUCUGACAGAGCGUACCUGCUGGUGGAAUGAGGUGUGCAAAGAAGAAUUUCAGCAGCUGUUCCGAUGCCGUUGUCCUCAAUGGUCGUACUGCAGAUCACCUGGACGGUACUACAACGCAUACUGCUCAAUGACGAACACGGGCUACAUCUGGACGCAACCUACGUGGGAUUGGGAGACGGCCUAACCUUCAAACUGGACGAGUGUCACUCGGUGUGAAAGCAGUGUCCAUUUCGCGAUGGUGGAACUAUGCACACCGGCCCGGCUUACAUCAUAACGAUGAAGUUUUACAGUAAAAAGUAGAGUAAAAUGCAGAGAGGCAUAUUGUUGUUAAUCCCGGAUUAGGGUUGCGAAUUACGCUAAUUAAUCCGUUCAUUAAAACAUUGCGAACAACGUUACGUUGCGUAAGUUGUUUCUUAGCGGUAAUGCAAUUAGUGGUUGCUCUAUUUAAUAGGGCUGUUUAUUAAUUAUCUCACCACCAUUUUUAAGCAACCAUUUUGUUUGUUUCUUAUUGUUUCCUUUUUUUUAGCAUCUAAAUAAUAUGCUUUAAAAGUUUAUUGUCGUCUUCGUCGCUAAUAAUUGCUUGUGUGGUUUGAGUUCAAAACGCCUAUAAGUAUGCAAUCUUGAUUUAUUUUCACUAUUUUUGAUCAUAUAUUGGAAGCUGGGCGCCUCCAUCGUUAAAACAUGACAAAUAUGAAACUUAUCGACUUUCUUUUUUUUGCAAUAGAUGUGAUUGAUUUCUUACAUCUUGUUUUAUACAAGCGCGAACGUAUCAAACGAUCAUCGAACCCGUUUAAAAAAGUAACAAAAAUCCAAAAUACAACGUCGAACCAAAAGUAUUAUCAAAUGCACUAUAGGAGACCAAAACGUUUUAUAGACUUACAUUAUAUACACAUAAAACAACCAAAGCAAACCAAAAAAUGAAACGAUUGUAAAGGAACAACAAAUCAAACGUUAAAGCGAAUUUCGAUCGCUUAAUUAAAAAGCAAAAACAUGCGUGCAAAAUGUAUUAUAAUAGUAUACAAAAAGAUGUAGUGCAUUUUAUUGCCUCCGUAGUUGGUUGUGUGUAGUGAUAGCCAUUUUUAGAAGGAAAAGAAUCAUUGUAUUCUAUCAGUACAUAGUUGCAGGUGUUUCAUUUAAAACAAACUUUUAGUAUGAAUGAUAGUUCAGUUGGCCAAUGGCCAAGUUUUUUCCUCCUUUUAUGGUUUAGCUAUAGUGAUAGAAGCAUAGUGAUUGCAAAAGUUUUUUUUUGGUUUUUUAGUUUGACUAGAUGCAUUUUUUUUUUGAAAACAAAUCUAAAACUAGAGGGAAAUACAAGCAUGAAAAAAUUUAAGUGGAAAAACAAAAUGAAACAAAAGUUCAUGUUGCUCAAGUGAUUAGUUGUAUAGUGUGUUUUAAUGUUGAACGCCAUUGAAUAAAAAUGCAACUGGAAAGAAAGGAAAAUGUUUUAAAUUUUUUGAGAAAAAUACAAAAAACAAAAAAGUUUUUAUAGGGUUUUCUUUUAAAAUAAUUCCACAAAAUGAGAUUUUAAAAAGAAACAUACAAAGACAAAUCAAAGAGUAACAAUUCAAUUAUGUCACAUUUUAUUUUCAUGUAACUGUAAAGCUCUUUUUCCUCCGAUGCCAAUAACAAGAUUGAAACUUUCCAUUCCAUUUCAUUUCACUCCGUUUUUUUCUGUUCAAUCUCUACACCUUAAUCCUAGCAAAACAUUUAAAACCCCCGGUAGCAACAGCGGUAAGCUUUAUAAUACAAGCAUUUCAUGGCAGCGUGACACUUAGGGGGGUACACCAUGCACGAUAAAAAUAGGUAAACGUAGGGUAAAUUCCAUGCCUUUCGUAGUCCAAGUCCGUAUGGUAACAGCAACAGCAAAAAAAACUUCGUUACAUGCCAAAGACAUACCUCCCCCAAAAGGAAAAACACACCACCGCACUGGUACGGUGUAGAAAAAUUGGCCUCCAUUCCCCCUUUUUUGUCAUCCAUGUCAACAACAGUGACGCAAACCACGUACAGCGGCAGCAGCAGCAACAGCACCACCACACGCUGAAAUCGUAGUCCAGGGUAAUGUGGUUGUUAAAG